CGCGGGAGCUGAUGGGAAAUGUAGUUCCUACUAAAAACAUUGCUCGACGAAGCAAGAGGUGUCGAGUUAAAAAUGUAACAUUUGUUUAAUGUUCUAGCUAGUCUUAACGUGCCUGUCGUUUGAAAAUUAAAUCAACAACCCUAGUAGGUCACGUUUCAAUAUCCAUCAAUAGUACUUGGAAAAUGUUACCAAAACUUGCAUACAUGUGUUUUAGCUAGCUAACCAGAUUAUCACUAAAAUAGCUAACAAGCUAAUGUUGUUAGCCACGGUCCGUCCCACUUGCAGCACAACGGUAUCCUAUGCUUUACACUGUUUCAAAAUGACCUCGCCUUAUUUCGUUGAGAGUACCGCGGUCAUCACUCGGAGCGGUAACAAGACCGUGCCCCGUGCCGGUUUAGCCACGACGUUAAAAACUAGGAUGGAGAGGAGAGUGUUGAGGGCGCACGUGAAACAGGAGGAAGAAGAUUCGAGAGUAUCAAAUCAGAGUUUGGGACGAGACGCUUCAGAUAUUGGCUCCUCUAGGUUCCGUCGCUCAUCCAUUGGCCAAUCACAAGCUGAGCCAGACAAAGCCCUGUCCCUGUUACCACUGGCACCCAUCCUGCGUAGGAGGCGGGGCCAGGUGAAGGUGGAAUACGAUGGGAAGGAGGAGCCUAAACACUGGGAGCCUCCUGAUUGGAGCAAGCAGCUGGGUCAUGUGCGUCAGAUGAGGAGCGCCAGGAACGCGCCUGUUGACCUCAUGGGGGCGGAGAAAUGCUACGACACACACGCCCCUGAUGAGGUGCGACGUUACCAGGUGCUGGUGUCUCUGAUGUUGUCAAGCCAGACAAGGGACCAGGUGACCAGUGCGGCUCUGCAGAGACUCAGGGCUCAUGGCUGUACAGUGGACAACAUAGUCAACACUGACGAUGACACACUGGGACAACUCAUCUACCCUGUCGGCUUCUGGAAGACCAAGGUGAAGUACCUGAAGCAGACGUCAGUGAUGCUCCAGAGGGAGUUUAGAGGGGACAUCCCGAACACAGUGGAGGGCCUGGUACGACUACCUGGAGUAGGACCCAAGAUGGCUCACCUGGCCAUGGACAUCGCCUGGCACCAGGUCUCUGGCAUAGGCGUGGACACACACGUCCACCGUAUCUCCAACCGGCUGGGAUGGACGAGAGGUGGGACCAAGAAGCCAGAGGAGACACGCAAGGCCCUGGAAGACUGGUUACCAAGGGAUCUAUGGAGUGAGAUCAACUGGUUGCUGGUGGGGUUUGGUCAACAGGUGUGUCUACCUGUCAAUCCUCUCUGCUCCGUGUGUCUGAACCAGCACAGCUGCCCCUCUGCCCACCAAGCCUCCCCAGCCAAGAGGCCUAAAGCUGGGUCACCUCGCUCACCACACUCCCCCAAGACCUCUAGGGUCAAGCUGGAGCCUGGUUCUCUUGGUUUGGGGUUACCACCCCCCUCCUCAGCCACACCGGUCAAAGAGGAACCUCUGGCUACCACCUUCUCCCCUCUGCUGCCCAGAAAGAGGAAGUCGAAAGCCAAAACCUUCUCUACAUGAUACGACAGAAGAGGGUAGCAUCCCUUCAGAAAUGUCAGGACCGUGUCCCAAUUCUCUCUCCUUCCUCCCAAAGUUUGCUCUUGUCACUUCCCUUGACUGAUGUGAAAUGACCAGUACUAGAGAUAGGGUGGUAACUCCUACUAGCCCAGUGGUAUUAACUGCUUUAGCGGGGAGACCAUUUUUAGACUGAAUUUCGGUGAACUCAUUUAUUUCUCACAACACUCAAACUAAACCUUCAAAUCUUUACAUUUAGAUUUUUACUUACACUAAUAAAUAAAUUCUCAAUAAAAUAUUUUUCAAAUUAUCUCAAA